UUCUUUAAUAUAUUUUAUACAGUUAUUUUUUUCUCUGCGUGCCACUUUGUGUGUGUGAUUUGUGGUGUAAAUGUCUGAUCAAAGCGAAAUAGACAAUUCCUUGGCUGUGGAGACGUCUCUGGAAUCCGACUUCAACGAGUCGAACCAAAAAGCCGGCAACGAUUAUGACGCCUUGUUCGCUGGCAAACAGCUGUGCGAUUUUUGCGCCACAAAAUGUUGCACCUGUGGCUGCCCCAAACUGGAGGCAGAGCCGCUUCGAGACAAUGCCCAAUUAUGGUCAUUUGACCUACGAAGUCGAGACAUUGACUGGAGACGCUACGUUCGACCUCUGGACACGGGAGUACGUGGCGAGGCGGUCUAUUUGGACAGACAAUCGACUUUCAUGAGCAGCCAUCGCCGAGCUGUCAACGAGAGCAAUCGACGCGAACUCUUAGUCUGCCAUGACAUGAUGGGAAACUAUCUGGCCGAUCGACACUACCAGAGCUCAGCGAAGUUCGAUGACUAUCGAUUCAUGCAUUGGUCUGCCGUGGAUUACUUUUGUUACUUCAGUCAUCAGUAUGUGACCAUUCCGCCCAGCGGUUGGCUGAAUGCCGCCCAUCGUCAUGGAGUCGCCGUGCUGGGCACCUACAUUGUCGAGGGCGAUGAAGGAAGUCGCCAUCUUCACGAGGUCCUCUCCAGUGUUGAAAACGUGCGACGCACUGUUGCCGCCCUCACGCGUCUCUGUCAGCACUUUCACUUCGAGGGAUGGCUGGUCAAUGUGGAGUGUUCAGUGCGUGCCGAUUGCAUGCCCAAUCUCUACCUUUUUGUGGAGGAACUGCGUCAUGCAACAGAGACACUGGUGCCUCAUGGACGCAUCUUCUGGUACGACAGUGUGAUCGACAGCGGGAUACUUAGCUGGCAGAACGAGCUGAACCAACGCAACGUGAACUUCUUUCGCAAAAGUCACGGCACCUUAAUCAACUACACGUGGAAUGAAAGCAGUCUGCAGCGGAGUGAGGCAACUGUGCGGCAGGAGAAUGCAGAGGCGCAUCGAGUGUUUCAGGGAUUGGAUGUGUUUGGACGUGGCCAAGUGGCGCGUUUCCAGAGCGCACAAACGCUGGCGAGGAUUGCAAGACGCGGCUUCUCGGCGGGCAUCUUUGCGCCCGCCUGGUGCUAUGAGACACUGCAGCAAUUUGGCUACAAUAUACGCAACGAAAAUGGUGACGAGGCGUUCAAUGACGCCUUCCUGGCCAGAAACGAGAAAUGGUGGUCGAGUCUCUGGGAACAUCUGGCCACCCAUCCCUAUUGCAAGUUGCCCUUCUACACGGACUUUUGUGUUGGAUCGGGACGUGGCAAUUUCGAGUGCGGGAACCGGGAUGCCACCGCACGUUCCUUCUUCAAUUUGUCGCGUCAGGCGCUGCAACCGUCGGUGCCACUGAGCGGCAAUGCGGAGCAUUCUUUUAAUACCGCCUAUGCCGGCGGUUGUGCUCUACGCAUUCUCAACUUUGAACGCGCCUUUCGACUCUUCGUCACCGACUUCCAGUUGCCGCUGGGCGUGCUGCUCCUCGGCUACGCCUACAGACUGGAUGUGGAUUUGGAGGCGGAUUCAGCGGCAGUGGAUCAUCAGCUGGACGUCGUCUUGCGUUGUCGUCCACCUGGACGACGCAGUCAGCAUAUGUAUCUGUUUUGUGGUGACUACAAUGAUCACAUCGUUACACCAGGUCGCAGCUACAUCUCGCCACUUGGUGCUGCAUUGCCAUCGAAUCUUGUACAUGAGCAACUUCCCUCGGAGCAGGGCACUCUGGGUGUGAACUGGCGUGUCCGUUAUUAUCUUGUUAGUUUCGAUGGACCGGUCACACUGCUAGACAUUGGAUUAAAGUGUCGACGUCCUCAGUUGUCCCGGGCGGAUGCCUACUUCGGUGCCAUCUACGUGCAGAGUCUGCAGUUGACGGAUUUUAACUCGCUGCAAGGCAAUGACAAGCUGCACAUUGAAGCUUACAAAGAGCAGCUCUGGACCGAGCAAACAACGACAUAGUAAAUGCCACCACUCUUGCUAUCUCCUUCUGCUCUCUCUCUCUCUCUCUAUCUCUCUUUCAUACUGUACAUUUCUCUUUGUCUCUGACGACCUUUUUCAAUUUCUUUGCACGGCUUUUUUGGCAACUCGUCAUUAUUUAUCAAGGAAUAGGCAAAGGGGCAGCUCGUGUUACGCACAUGCCCUCUACUUGUGCGUUGCAUGCCACAGCUGCACAGUGCACAAAAAUCGAAAAAAAAUACCAGAAAUAUAAUAAGUCUAAAAACUGCAUCAAUGAAAUCAAAAAUUAAUUUAAAAAAAAAAACAGAAAAACAAAAAAACUGUUCCCAAAUAUAUUUAACAGACUUUGCAUUUUUAAAAUAAUAUAUUUCAUUAUAUAUAAAUACCGUAACUAGCACAAUACCUUAUAAGUUAAACUUCUAGUGCUAGGAUGCCGAAUAAAGCUUAAUAAAAUAAAAACGUA